AUAAAAAUAAACGCUAUAGUAGGCCUUUCACAGUAAACAUUUCAUUAUAAAUAAUAAAAACCUAAAUCAUUAUCCAAUGUCUCACAGAGGUCUAUCAGAUACACGUUCUGAAUAUUUAGAAGUUAGUGAAUACAAUUUUACAUGGCCAGGAGAAAAUGGUACUUUACAUGAUUUUGGGUCUACUAAUUACACAAUGCCCAAUGGACCGUGGUACUGGCCUUGGUGUCCUUCAUGGCGGGUUUCACAACAUCCAUUAUUUCAACUCUCCAAUCUACUAUUCAUAGCUUCUUACUGCGCACCGAGUACUAAAAAAGGCCAAUUAUGGAUGCACACUAUUUUGAUAUUUGGUUUCAUGUUAUACUCCAUUUGGGCUUGGCACGUUAUUUGCUCGCCGGAUGCCUUCUCUUGGAACUUUGGCUUUGUUUUCAUCAAUCUGGCACAAGUUGUCUACUUGGUGUAUGAAAUGAGACCCGUCAAGUUCGAUCCGGAGCUUGAAGAGGUGUAUCACACAUUAUUUGAACCAUUUAAGGUCUCUAGGCAUCAAUUUAAGCGGAUGGUAUCACCAGACUUCGCUCACGUUAUGUCACUGCACGCAGGGGAAGCUUACGCCAUGCAAAACCUCACCAAGACGGAUAGGCUCGGCUUGUUGCUAUCCGGAAAGGUGAACGUGAUGAGUGGUCAUCAGUUUCUUCAUCCGAUACUUCCAUGCGAGUUUCUCGAUUCACCAGAGUUCGAGUCAAGUAGAGCUACUAUCGACGAGAAGUUCAAGGUGUCUAUAGUAGCAGCUUCAUCGUGUCGCUACGUGUACUGGCAGCGUAGUUCACUUGAGUAUUUAUUCGUAAAGGAGCCGUACCUAGCCUGCGUGGUCACGACAUUGAUCGCGCGAGAUAUAACCACCAAGCUAUACGCUAUGAACAAUAAGAUCGUUACAGAGAGAGGCUCCCAUCUUGAUAUACGGUUGCCAAGUAUAUCGCACGCUCUCGCCCGAAGCCCGAGGAAAUUGCGUUCAAUGAGAGCACCGCCUCCCACCACAGUUCAGCCGGUUCCGCCUGAGAAACGGUCCAAUUACUGGUGUAACUUGAACAGCUCACCGAAUCCUCACAAACGUAAUGGUAUUCCAUCAUCGUUACCCGAAGCAGACGAGGAGUUAGUUCCACUUGCAGAAAAUGAAGCCCCUGCAGCAUCAUCCGAUGAUCUUUCAAUAGCAGAUAGCUGCCCUGACACCUCCUCCAAGUAUCAUAGUUGCGAAGCCGUAGAGACGGAUGACGAACUAAGACAUUAAAUUCCAGUGAAAAAUCAAAUAAACAUUGUACCAUUUAUGUUAUGGGCUACAUAGAAGUAUUAUACUAUCGUCUCGUAGUGCGAGUCGUACUAAACCCACCUCGGCUCGAACAAUUUUAAUUUUUUUUUAUGUAAUUAAGAGACGAGAUUAGCAGGAUGUUCAGUUGAUAAAAAUUUGUCCUGCCAAUUACAAUGCAAUUCUUGAAGAACAGAUAAAUUCUGAGCGGCAAUACAAUAGCGCUCGUCACCUCGAGACAUAAGAUGUUAAGUCUCAUUUGCCCAGUAAAUUAACUAGCUACGGCGCCCUUCAGAUCGAAACACAAUAAUGCUUACACAUUUUUGCUUCACGGCAGAAAUAGGCGCCGUUGGGGUACCCAUAAUCUAGCCGGCAUCUGUGCCUCCCACUGGUGUUUUAAUUACAAAUAUAUUGUUAUACUUGUUGUAUAAGACUUAAGUUAACGGAAAAUAUCGUUUAGAUUUUGAUUUCCUUAAGAGUGUCGAAAUAUACGUUUAAUGCGGCAUAAAUCACCGUAUCUUUUUGUUAACUUAGAAGUUUGAUUUUUUUACAGCUUCAAGAGACUGUAGACCUGAGUAUAUCGUUUCAAUUUAAACUCGAUACCUCCAAGCGUUCCCGAGAUCUGACACAGAUCAAAGACAUACAGACGGACGGACCAAAAAGUGAUUUUUUUUCGCUUUUAGGCCUUUAGAAAAUAAAAUUAUCGUCCAUUCAAAGAAUUGAUAAUUGAAAAUGAAUUAUUUAUGAUAAUAAAAUUAUGUUGCUUAUGA